AUGGAUAGGCCACGGCACAUUGAGGACUUGGCAGAUGAACUGCUCAGCGAAGUUCUCUCGUUUCUAUUAAGACCAGAGCCACGGCCGUUCAACUUCUUGCCAGCCUUACUUAAUCCGUACACUAUGACUAGCUCCACGAGCUCUACUAGGGGCUUACCCUCGGAAGCCAAUAGCGAUCUGGACAGAUUCCGACUCGUCAACAAACGAUUCAUGCGAAUCGGUACACCCCGAAAGUUUUCUCGCUUUGUUGUCCGUUUUUCUGAAGAAGGUUUCAAGCGGUUGGAACAUUUGCUGGAUAUGCAGCUGGCCUGUUAUGUCCGACAUUUCACGUAUAUGGUGCGACCAUUUUACCAAGGAAGCGGCUGGCCGCAGGUCCUGAAUGGUGUCGGCAUUGACGGCAGUCGUGUUCCAAUCUCUGUGUUACGCAGCCGUUUGGAGAAUCAGAACUCGCUGACGGCUACAAACCGUGAUCUGGUGCUUUUACGACGUGCGUUUGCUUCAUUUCCGUCGCUGAAACAGGUCAAAUUACUGCGACUGGUGGAUAAAACGGACAAUUACUUGGGAGAAUGCAUUCGCGGCGGCCCUCUAGAAGAGACGGUGGUCUUAGACUGGGAGGCAGCAUGCACCCGCGCAAUCAUCAACUUGGGAAUCGCUCUAUCAGAAUCGACCUGCAAACCGAUCCAAUUCUACACACCGCAUACCCACACCAUCACCCCCGAGAUGACAACAAAGCUACUCCAAGUCCCGCCCACGCUACUUUCCACCAUAGCCACACGACUGACAAGCCUAGACAUCACCUUCCACCCCAUAACCGACGCAACCGCUAACAUAACAGCCCUAUCCACCGUCUUCCACAACUUCUUCCUCGCCACCACAAACCUAACAUCCCUCCACCUGAGCUCUCUCUCUCACCAACCCCUAUCCAUAGACUAUGUCAUCCCUCCAACCCUACAGCUCACCCGAUUACACACUCUCAGCCUAGAAAACUGGGUCCUAAACGCAGAAGACCUCACCUCCAUCAUCCGCCGCCAUAGCCAUCUCCGCGAGUUCAAACUACACACUGUCCACCUACUAAACGGAAGGUGGAAAGACGUGCUAUCAGUUUUGCGUUAUGAAAUGGCUGUCUUACAGCGGGUUGCGCUAGACCAUGUUAACUAUUCUCGACUUCCUGAUCGGGAUUACAGACACCCUAACGGUAAAGUCAAUUGGUUGGGUAUUACGCCGGAACAAUUGAGGGCUCUUACGGUUGACGAUUUGGGGGAUGAUGGUGUCAGGAUUAAUAGUAACCAGGCUUGGAUUUGGGCGAAGUGGGUUAUGGCUCGUCCGCGAUAG